AUGGAGGCAAGCCGGCGGAACCUGGCAAGAAGACAGCAAUGUGCAUGCCUCAUACAAGAAAUUGGCUCCCGACUUAAAACGUGAGUAUUUUAUAUCUAUAGACUCACUUUUGGGCUCAGGACUCAAGUCGUUAUUAAUGCCAGCUUGUACUACAUGCACCACUUUUACGAGGUCUUCACGCCUGAGGCUAUCAAACCUAUUAUGGUGGCCCUUGCUUCCUUCUACAUUGCCUGUAAGACCGAAGACUUCUCCCGGAAGCUCUUGUUUCUCGUGAAAGCAGCCUAUGAUGCCCUUCGGAAGCCUAUGCCGAACGAAAACUCGGAUACAUAUAAACGAAUUGUCCAGAACAUCCAUUCCCUUGAAGCCACUAUUUUGAUGGUUAUUGGGUUCCAAACCCUUGAGGUUAAACAGCCACAUGUCAUCCUGAUUAACGUCAUCCGAGAAAACAAGUUUCCAAAGGAGAUUUCUCAUACCAGCUAUUACAUCUGCACAAACAUACUCCACCUUACAACGCUCGUUUUGCGGCAUUCCAUGGAAGCUAUAGCGGCCACCAGCCUUUACAUUGCGGCCAAAUGGAAUGGUUCUGACAUUAAGUGUGCCAACGGAGAGUGGUACCACAUGUUCUCCCCAAAACUGACUUUGGAGGAAAUAAAGAAUAUGGCUGAUGAAUUUACUCUGACAUUCCAGGAAUGCGACGCCAAAAUAAAAGACCAGCUCCGACUGCUUCUUAAGGUACUGUCCCUGAGUUACCAGCAUAUGUUCAUUAGUCGAGAAGACUGGACCGGCUGGCGCGGGAGGAUCCAAAUAUGCAGCAGCGAAAACUAAAUGAGAGCCAAGCCAAGGUGAGCAGCGAUGUUAUUGUCUCUCUUCAAACAUGUGGAUCAACGUCAGCUGAUGUGGCAAAUUUGCGGGUGCUUACUAAUCGCAUUUGAACUCUUAAUAGGGUUAGACUUGUUCAUCACGGGGCGUUCCCGGGCCGAGGUCUUGACGAGUCUAUCGAAAAUGGUUGUCUCAGUGUCCUCGUCUUUGUCGGUAAAAAAAACUUCACAAUCAUUGACUCCGUUCCACUGUGCCGCAGCGCGCGUUGGCCCUAAGCCAUUAGCUCCAAGACGAAUUAGAAAUGCCGUGUCCGCCCCGUAAUCGAGACAGCUCGGUGCACGCCACUCGUUUGAAUAAUCCCACAAGCGCCUGAAGCUGGCUCGGUGCGUAAUACUAACGCCCGUGCCUGAAAUCGUACGUCUCGAAAUGUUCUUUGUAGCCCCGGCUUUUGACACGUGGUGUGGCGCUAUUUUUCACAAGAAAAAUCACUUCCACUUUGACUUUAUAACUCAUGGGGAUCCUCUUUUUACUUGAUGUGUGAAAGCCUCGUCAAUCGCCAGUUCGUUCACAGCACCUAAUAGAUAAAUGCCUCAUAUGUCUCUAGUUAUAGCUGUCAAUGCUGUCCAACGGCUCGCUGAAGAUUAUUUCAAUACCCGCGUGUAAUGUCAAAAUGCCACGAUGAACUAGCCACCCUUCAUCUGAAGAUCUCGUACGCGCCUGUCGGUGGUUGGUAGAGACGUAAGAAGGGGGAAGCAUGCAUUAACAGCAACCUAAGCUUCACUAAACCAACGUAUGCUUUCACGCACGCACGCUCGAGAAAACUAGGACGCUUUCCAGUGCAAAUUCGAAUGUCUUAAACAUCCAACCCACUUCUGUGUGGUCAUGCAUACGUCCCGAACUUAUCUCUUUUAUGAAGCAAAAUUGUCGCGUUGAAAAACGAUCGCAUGAAACCCCACCCCCUCGAGGCGUUCAGCGCCCUGGUCAGCCUAUCCAACACAGCAGAAGCAGUGGCGAGAUCGCCUUCCGCCAGUCGCAACCGCAGCAGCAUCCGGUGCGCAACGGAUAUGGAGAACCAGAUAGUAAAAUGCAACGCCUGGACCGCGGUGUCUUCUCCCCUCAAAGCCAGCCUUUCCAGAUGAUGGAGUCCGCCCAUAGAGUAUGUACAACUUUCUCCUUUUCGAGAUUUCCUUUACUUCAUUCUUCGGUUAUGAUCUAGUUUGUACGGCAGGUUCACCUGGCCGUCCCAAAAUUCUUGUGCAUGAAACACCAAGUGUCUCCUUUUUCGGGUCUCGCCCAGUUAUACUUACCAUAGCUUCUUGUUCUUUCGUUGUCUUUCCCACCCUUCUCUAUACACCUGUUUAUGUGGAAAGAAAACAGUGCGCCUAGUUGCGGGAGACAUCGACUAGCAAAUGUGCUUGCGUAUUCGACGACCUUGUUUAAAUCUGUCUGAAUGAUCCUUUUAGACGAUGGAACUGCUGCGAACUCAGUAAAUCAGGCUCCCUCUUUAAUUAUUGUGUCAGUGUGCGGGGUCUUUUAGCAUUCCGACAUCACUUGUGCUGCUGCUUAUUGAAGUUACUUCCUUUCACCCUCUCCAAUAUGUCCACACCUUGAAAUGUUUGCUUAUCACACGGGCAAUUUAACACAAAACCUGCGGUGAUUUCGGUUUCGGCCGUGCGUCGACUUUGCGGACUGUGUUGUAGAGCUAACGAGCCUGUUGAUUCAGUACGAAGGACGGCGACUUUAUCCCACGUUAACCACUGCAACCGGCCUAGCCAAAAGUGGACUUCACUCAGUUUUGUCACUGACAGGCAAUGUGGCAAAAGCUGAGGCCGAUCCAACUACCCAGUAUACCCUUACCAAUAGAACUCUUACGCUCUUACAAACUUUCAAGACACGCUAGGAAUCUUGACUCGUGCGAUGAUUCGGUCCUUGGAAAUGAGAGCUAGGUUAUAGUGACUCCGUUCCAAUUUGGUCUUAUGGCAGCUCUCACCAGCGUAUAAUCCAAGUUUAUGAAGCCUGCAUCCUCUAGAGCAGGUAAUCAGCACGUCUGAAACAUGCAUAGAUGAGGGCUAGCCCAUUUCCUGUCGUCUCGACCUUGUCUGGCCACAAAAACACGGUCAAUGUGAGGGGGGUGAGGUAGAUACUUCGAAAGCCCCCCCCCCUUCUAUAUUCCAAAUGAUCUGUCAGUCAUCACUGCCGACCCAAGCAACCAUAGUAAUCAUUGAGUACGACGGACGAACCGUUGCAAGCGAACUUGACGCGGUAGGGGGAUGCCAUUCCUUCGAAGACUACCGUGGAUCUGAGAUGGGACAGCCGAACUCUCUGUAAGACUGCCGGUGCCAGCAUCAAUCUGUCUUAACCGCUGGCCAACAGCACAUGUGACUGCGAUUAGAUUUAAGUGGUCAGGGUCAGACAGCGGCUUGGUGAAUGGCUUUUGCUAUCUUCGGCCGAACUUUGCGCCAGUCGAAUAAGACACAAAUAAGUUUGACCACUGGAUCAAUCGGGUGCACGCGACCUUCGUCCAACCCUGUCGAAUUCUAUGAAAUCAACAUAAGAUCAGUCAUAAGAAAAAGUCACGAGUGAAUUAAGCUCCAUUCGAAAAAAAUCUUUCCCUACGGAUUUCAGGCAUGGCACUUUUGUUCUAUUUGUAAAUGACACUUUACAGUUUUUCGCCGGUGGUGUUUGCACUUCGUUCCCCAGACUCAUCUCUUCAAUCGCGUCUCCAGUCACCGGGUAUGUAGGCGGCCAGAGACUCAACCUCCAACUAUGCUCUCCUUACGCGUCGAUUGAGACGGCCCGGCUUUGUGCUGCGCCGACCUGAAGACGAAAUGGUUCAGGUUGUCACCUGACUAACUGGUGGAGGUGGCGGCGGAACAUUACUAAAAUUGACCUCCAACGUGUUUGGGACGUUGAGGAUUUUGGUCAGCCGAGCUGCUGGGCUAACUAACUCAUUUUCAUUCGGAAGUUUGUCGCUGACUGAUUGCAAUGAAAGGCGAUCAUUUAUGAUGCAAUAGGCCUGUAACAUGGAACUAACUGUGUCGGUAAUUAUGAGAGCCCUUACAAGUUGGAAAAUCUUGCUAAACCAUGACUCACCAACCAGUGGUUAUGUGGAGCGGCCUAAAUGAUGAAUGGGCUUCUGUAAUACCUGGAUCGAGAGGUUUUUGUCCCCUUAUACUCGGCGCACCAAACUGGGGUGUCAGGAUGGUGUUGAACGGCAGUAUGUGAAGGCUUACUUGAUAGCGAGCAGAACUCUACCUCGCAAUGCCGUUAUUGAUGGUGGCCGUUCUAAGUGAGCGGUCUAUAAAAUCAGUGUCUAGUAACGUCAGAUGAUAUUAGCGCUGCAUGCUCGGCGAUCGCAGAUUCGCCAGACCCAGAGACCUGCUUAUUUCAUAGCAAUCCGUGACUGGAGGUCGUUCGUCUGUGAACGCGUCGGUGCUAUCAUCCCGGAUGAAGAAGUUGAAUGGCGCUGACACCGCAGCAUAAGAUGAAACUUGUCGGAGGUCACUUACCCCUUCAAACGAUGUCGACACUGCCCACAGGUGCCUUAGCGUCUUCGAUCCAAGUCAAACCAUUAUUCUUGAUUAAAUGGCGGUGACGGCAGCAGUGUUCGAGUCGCAGGGGGUCUUUUGCACAUCUGCCGACUGGCAAGGUAGUCUUUGGUUAAGCACGUGAUUCAUCAGGUCUGUUCUGUUCCGUGCUAGUGCACGGGCUUUCAUGUGAUGAUGUAGCAGUGUUGCGCAGACUUGCUGUCUCAGUCCGCCUCCCCCUAUCUCUCGCGUGGUUCCGAAGUGAAGUUUUGCUUCCUUAUGCGAGUAUCUUGUCUAUACAACGACUGUUUUAUCUUAACAGCCCUAGUUUACAUUAAACACCAGUCAUCAUGACGGCUCCCGAGAGGGGCUCGCGGGAUACCAGUAUUGACCGACUCGUGUGCUAAGUCUGAAAGUGCGGACCUCCAAAAGUGACUGCACCAGCGCUUUAGACUAAAUGAGGGCCGCUUUUCACUGAGCGGCGCCUUACACCACCUCGAAUGUCUCUCCCGAUUUCGUUAUCUCCGCCCAACUUGGCUCAGACAUGCCAUCAGCACGAGAUAGGAGAAGAAAAAGAGGGGCUAUUCCCGCGCGUACUUUCCUCAUAAUUAAUAAUCCGGAUGUCCUUCGUUGAGUUACCACGAUGUCCCAAAUGUUAUGAAAUUUAAGGUUAUCGACCGAAUAACUCGGCCCGGUUCCAUUUGAUUGAGGAUCGAGCCUCCGAUGGUGGUUGUCUCGCGUCUGACGUACGCUUUGCUACAUCAAGGGAGAAGGGGCUAAUUACUCUACGCAAGACCGAAAUAGACCGGCUUUGUGUCUGGAAAUCACUAACAAAGCAUGGAAGGCAUUCGAGCAGCGAGCGACUAUCAACCACACACCCAUUGGAAGCUGGCCAGAAGGCGCCCCCGUCCGUGAUUUAGCAUCUCCAACUAGCGCAAAACGCUGUCAGGUGUUGCUUUUUGUCCUAUGCGGAUGACAGCAGCCUUCGGAUGAUGGGUUGUUGCGCUCCAAGCGAGCCCAAACCUAUUCACUACCCAGUGUUGCGUCAGGGAUAACCGACUAGAGAUCUGGGAAGGGUGAUGGUCUAUGAGGACCCAAGUAUCACGACCGGUCAGGACGAUUUGUUAGCUCUGUGUCCCGGAGGUGUAGUCGCAGAAUGGCGUACGACUGCCUAUUUAUCAUCAAACCCAAGGACCCACUUGUUUGACAGUAAUCCCACGACUAAGACCGUUCCACACUCCGCCACCCAUGAACGCGCUGGGUAACUAGACUGACAAAAAUAAACUGUAACGUCUAACUAGUGGGUGUACUCACCACCACCACCACCACUGUCACUACCCAAGUCUGUUUUAGAGAAGGGUGGAGAUCGGUAGAAGUGCUGUUCAGGGCCCCCUACGUGCGGCCGGCCCUGGGCCUGUGCGCACGCCUGUCCGCCGGUGUGACGCAGGCGUGAGUGCAUAAGCGUCAUGUGAGAGGUAGACUGUGUCGGCUUGAUCCGUUGAUUGGGUGAUGGCCGAGUUUGUCGGCGCCUGUGAUUGGCUGUCCCAGAGGCCGCAUGUUUCAGCAACUCGGACGCCGUGACCACAUAGUUUCUAGACCUUACAUAGGUGCGCCAGAUGCGGAAACCCUGUACGCGCGUGAGGCGCUUCAGAGCUAAAUGAAGGCGACUUUGGGAAGUGCUUUGGAGUCUAUGCAAACCGAGUGUCAAUUAAGAACGUUCGUGGGUUGCACCUGUGUGAGGCUGAGAUCGACUAAACGACCGCCCCCUUCUAUCUUAACUGGGCCGAAUUAUUUAUUCUCAAGUAUCCUCAAAUAUUUCCACUCACCCUCUGUACUACUGAGUUUCGGGCUCUAGUAUUGACGAUUUUUUGCUCCUUAAAACUCCUUUUGUCAGGUUUUUAUGUAUCACUUCCUCGAUCUGGUGCCUCCGUUGUCUGCUUCACAAAUAUUUUUUCAAUUUUUCGAGUGACCGUGUUUCCUUAACGAUGGUUCAACCUGUUAUCAUUUGACCGGUAUUAGGGAGAGGGCCCGUUGGGGUUCGUCUACAUUAGUGUCAUUCUGUUUACAUACAAGUCCAAAACGGACGACUCUAAUUCCUGAACUUUUUUGCCGUGGCGGGCAUCUUCUGUCCCAUCUGGCGACUACUGUGCCGCAUGUACAUGUGUUCAGUCAGAACUGGAUCAGGGACCCUAGCCUACGUCCAAAAUUGUACAAAAAUACAAAAAUGCCCUCUCCAUCACCAUGCUCAUGUGCGGAACAUCCCCCCCCCCCCUAAGGGCAUGUAACUGGCGCUAAUGACCUCGGGAGCAUCAGCGUAAGUACGAGUUAUUUGCUCGCUCUAGAAAUUGCUCUUAUGCCGAAAGGUUUCGAACCUAUUGAGCGGCGUGUUCCUUCCCGGGGCACACUAGAUUCCUGCUAACCUUGGCGCCAAACUUGUCAGACGUACUAAGUGGCUGACCCGAUUUUCUGGAGUUCGAGUAAAUGAUCACUGACUAGAGGCAUUUUCAACACCCGGGUCUAUCCUCUCUCGUUCCUUUUUCCUGGAUGUAAUCUGUAAUUUGUACGGUUUUCGUAUCACAAUGUGUGACUGCACCGGCCAUCUUCUCCAUCGACUGGUGAUGACUAGUGGUGGGCGGACAAUUUGACCCGACAAUGUUACAUUUUUCCCUGGCAUAUCUGUUGUGUGUGAACGACUCACGUGAGUACGCGACCGGACCUGACCUUUUUCAAGACAGACGGUCGGGGUGGUUUGGGUACGUUCUUCGUUAUCCGUUUCUCAUAAGACUCGGUGUUGCGGUCCUCUACCUGGCGCUGCUGCUCGAUACGGUUAGUUGAAACAUGGACCUGGUUCUUGGGCCUUCCGUUUUCGGUCUCCGUCGCUGGAGGACAGAAUGCGUCGAGCUCUCUAGAUCCGCUGCUGCAGAUCGUCACGCGUGGUGAGGCAUAAUUCGCGGUAUUGUCGAGGACGGUUAGAUCAGGUACGAUUUCAAAUGCAUCAAGUACAGUAGGUGGGCCAACUCAUGAAAUGUCAACCGGAAAAUCCAAAAUGCGUCUCCGCAUCGAAAAGAUUAAUUAAGUAGGGUUGUAAAAGUAGUCAGCCUGAAACAGAAUUCCAUAAUAAUUCAGUUACCUCAGGAUGCCGGCUUUCGAACGAACUUCCUUCCGGCUGCAUGCAAAAACUAUACUCUGUAAAAAAGACUACAUAAGUAGCACGAAUUUUUCUCACUGCUUUUCGAUGUCCCUAAAAGUCCAAUUAUAUUUCAUGGGAAACGUGCAUAAAAAUAUUCAUUCUUUUGCUCAUUUAGUAAAAAAAAUUACGUCUUCUUUCAAUUUUACACUAGAAGGAAGGCUAUAUUUUGGUUUUAUAAAACUUUCCCAAUUGCCAAAUAAUUUUGAACCCGCUCUGCCGUCACACUUGCAUUCAGGCUUUCCAAACUACAAGCCAUGUAUUUUCCGCGUACGGAAAACCAGGCAUUUCUCUACGGUACUAAGAGGAGACCAUAUAGGUUUCAUAACAUGUAGCAGUGGACUUGAUCCAUAUUGUUAGCUUUACAAGCCACAUUGGUAAAUGUAGAAACAUGACGAUUUAUGAACGGCCAUUUCACGGUAUUAAAAAGUCUCACAAUUGCAAAAUUUCUUAAAACCGAAUUAUGUCUCGCCGAGUAUGAACCUGGAAGGAGACGUAAUUUUCUAUAGAAAGAGUAAAAGCAGUAAUAUUUUUAGGCAUUUUUUCCACAAAAUAUAAUUGGACUUUUAGGGGGCAUCGAAAAUCAAGGAGAAAAAUUCGUGUUUCUUAAGUAGUCAUUGUUACGGAGUAUAGUUUUUGCAUGCAGCCGGCAUCCUGAGGUAACUGGAUUAUAAUAGAAUAAUACUUCAGACUGAUUAGUUUUACAGCCCUAUUUAAUUUAUGUUUUCGAAGCGAAAACGAAUUUCGGAAUUUUGAUUGACAUUUCAUGAGUUAGCCCACCUACUGUACAUAUACGACCGAAUCCACUGUGCAGUUGACCCCCUGCUUUCUACACCCUCGACUGCCACGGACCUUACCCGCCGCCGUUGGCAUCUCGUGGACGUACUCGUUUGGCCCCGUCAACCCCUGCACCAAUUAUACGCCUUUCCGACCACUUGACUAAACUUUCGAUCAAUAGAUCGUCUCCUUGUCAGUCUAUUUUCUCAGCCUCACCUUGGCUCAGUUAAGCCGAGUAGGUUCGCAAACUGUUUUUGUCCCUCAAAGUUUGGACUGAGUCAGCAAUUGACCCUAUCAGUGGUGGUCAGUGCUCCACCCCCCCCUCCCCCCCCCUAUCCGUCCCUGCCUCAGCGGACAAUUCUUGUGCCAUUUAAAUAACCCCGCUCCUGCAUCUCGUCCUUUUAGCAGGGCGUCCGACCAGAUGCAGGUCCUGGCCUUAAUUACUCACACAACCAGUCUGGCCCUCGCUAUGGCGGAAGUCGGGAGGGCUCUGUCGACAGCCGUUGGCAGGGCGACAACGAUCCGUAUCAGCAACAGCAGCAGCAGCCGCCGCCGCAAUACCUCAUCAACCCCGCCACGGGUCAAUCAAUGCCUCUGCAUCGAGGUCCCGCGGACCGGGUCAGUUUUUGCCCGCUACCAUUCCUCUGCUUUGUGCACUUGCCGCUGGUAGGAUUUUUACCCUCAUCAGGCCCCGUUCCUGCUUUCCAUCCCACCUAGACUCCUCUCUUCUGAUGCCAUUUACGGUAGCUGGGCCAUCUCGUAAAAUGUUAACCGGUAAUGCUGUAGUGUGUUUUCGAUCAGAACGGAUUGCUUAGGUGCAGUUUUCAUACUGAUUACCGCGUGUAGCAUAAUCGAAAGGUAUUGCAGUCACGCCAGGAUGUCGGCUUUUGAAUAAGCAUCUUUUCGGCCGUCUGCAAAAUCCGCACUGUGAAACAUGACUACUUACAUGAUAGGCAUUUUUCCCGUCGAUUUUUGUUGCUCUUAUAAAUUCAAAUAUGUUUUAUAUAGAAAAUAUAUACAUGAAAAGGUAUCUUUGGGUUUUAACAAACGUUUCCGAUUCAGAAAAAAGUCGAGCCCCACUAGCAGUUACACUGCAUUCUGUAUACGUUUAAUGCAAGGAACAUCACGCCGGCAACUUUGGGCGUUAACGAACGCACAGAUGUGAAUAGACAUCUCACGGUCUUACAAAUCUCAUAAUUGCAAAUCAUUUUAAACCUAGCGAUACCUUUUUUUCAAGUGUAAAAUUUAAAGAAGACAUAAUUUGCUACCAAAUGAGUACAUGAAGGGAUAUUCCUGUGCAUGUUUUCUAUAAAAUAUAUUUGAAUUUUUAAGUGCAUUACAAAUCAAUGAGAAAAAAUCAUACUACUUAGCAACCUUUUUUACCAAGUGCGGUUUUCGCAGGCGUCAGAAGAGGGUACACUCGAAAGGCGGCAUCCUGUAAAACAUGACUACUUAGAUGUUGGGCAUUUUUCCCGUCGAUUUUUGUUGCCCUCAUCAAUUCAAAUAUGUUUUAUAUAGAAAAUAUCUACAAGAAAAGGUAUCUCUAGGUUUUAACAAACGCUUCCGAUUCACGAAAAUAACUGAGCCCCACCAGCAGUAGCACUGCAUACGUUUAUUGCAAGGAACAUCACGCCGGCAACUUUGAGUGUUAACAAACGCACAGCUGUGAAUAGACAUCUCGCGGUCUUACAGAUCUCAUAAUUGCGAAUUAUUUGAACCAAGUGAUACCUUUUUUCAAGUGUAAACUUUAAAGAAGGGAUAUUUCUGUGCAUGUUUUCUAUAAAAUAUAUUUGAAUUUAUAACUGUAUUACAAAUCAGUGAGAAGAAUGAUACUACUUAAGCAGCCUUUUCCAGCCAAGUGCGGCUUUAGCAGGCGGCAGAAGAGGUGUACAUUCGAAAAGCACCAUCCUGGCGUGAUUGAGAUAUCUCGGGACUAUGCUGCACGAUAUUCUGUGCUACAACACCUCCCAAGUAACAUUUUCUAACCGAAAAUACCGAUAAUUUCGGUUUACAUCUCAUGCUGUAGACUAGAAACGCUGCUAGAUGUUUGGCCCUUAUAGAAGUACGUGAGCUCGGGCGGUCUCUUCAUCAUCCGUUCGCUUGUCAGCCCUCUCCACUCUGACUACUCUAAAUGACGGUACUUUUAUAACUCCUACAGGCUCCCACCGUCUCCAAUUUUACGGCAUAAUGGAUUUCAUAGUCCUCGGUUUACAAAAUCCCUCGACAUCACUAGGUAUUGCAGACUGCCACUGAUUCCGACUUGGGAACUCGGGGACGAAUUGGAACUACUCCCCCCUGUGACCGGAAAAAAAGUUGAUUUCACGGAUUUAUUGAAGUGUCCACUAUGAUAUGCGGGAAGAGGGUUGGUCACCUACAGCGCGGUCGCCAGGUUCGCCUUUUUAUUCAAGGAACCUGCAAGCGCGUCAGUCCGACCAUCGGGAACGACAACGUUCACCCUGUGCCCCCAGAAGAUUUUGGCGCAGGACGAUGAUUUGUGUAGUAAAUAGUUUAUAACGAAGCGCGCAGUAUGUACCGCACUCCUCUCUCACCCAUCUGGACCCGGUAGCAAGACAGAGGGCAACGGUAUGGAGAAGGACCCCACUUAACUGUCAGUAGACUGUGGAUCGUAUCAUGGGGUCUUAUCCUGGCAUACGUUUGCAGGCUGUUGCAGAAAUCACAUUGCCAACAACGAUUACUUCCCACGACCUCACAUCUUAACUCAAAGCCCGUUAUUUUGUGAAAUUUACUUUUUGUCUAUUUAGUUACUACACUCAUUUCCGUUGUCGUACAAUAGCGUGGGAUAAGACUUUCGGCAUAAAUCAGUCAAUUUCUGUGUUUUCUUUCAUUUUGUCAGCUUACUGUCUAGCGUGCUGCCCCACCUAUAAAACUCCAAUUAUCAUAAGUCACGUAUGACACGAUCCACAGUCCACUGACAGUUAAUUGGGGUCCUUCUCUAUACCGUUGCCAGACAGAGUCAGGACGACCGGAGGUGGACUCGAGUACGCUGACUGAUAAAGCUAAACAGCUCAGUCUACGCGUACCAUAUGCAAGACCUGGUCUGCGCAUAAUGGACCGGGAUUCUCACGGAGGGAAAAGGAGACGGCUCGCAUCCCAUUUGCGUAGGAGUGCCAUAAACGCCACACCCUGAGGGAACCAUUGCAGCCUGACUUUCCGCCUUGAGAGGACUGAGCUAACCCGUCAGCUGGCAGCCUUCCAAGCCAUGACUUCUAACACUUUCUGACAGCUUUAGAGUGCUCCAGGUGUUCCCCACGCGCCUGCCAAACCCUCACGAUGCCGAUGAACACCUCGUUGUUGAUGACGCCCUUUGUUGGCCUCCGAAUUUGAUUGUCAUCCAAACUAUCAAGUGUGGGAGGUUCUUGAGAUGUUUGGUCUGUGCAAUAUGGCCAAUUUGGAAGCUCCUCCAUUCGCAUAUUACCACAUGAGCUUCACUCACAGGCUUUUCGAUAAUAAGACCUGAUCGGAGAAAAAAGUGCUCCCGAACGAAGAUUAAUGAUCGGCAAUGCCCCUUAGUAGAUAAAAUACUUUCUCGACCAAUUUCCUGGCUGAUAAAAAGCAUCAUUCCGACGCCUUCACCGUUUUCCUUGUUGUGCACGUAGAGAACAUUGGCAUGUGCUCCCUGUGAAUAUACAGCUUUAAGAGGCAUAUGACAAUGCUUCUGGUGUGUGGCAAAUAACGUUGCCUUCUCGCCUGUCUCCCUAAUAACAUUACACUCGCCCAUGGCCAGCUCACACGGUUGGUAUUGUGAUUGACUGAACCUGCAGGCGUAAUUCGCGCAUCAGUCACUUCGCGUGCUUGGCGCAGACGAGACGGAGGCGGGGUACAAUGUCAUCAGGAUUUUAGACUGUCUGGGUCCACCUGGUGUUGAUCAAGAACUGACUGCCUUCAGCGAGGAAGCUCGAUUCAUGGGACAUCGGUUGGUUCGUGGCGGAGGUGAUAAGGUAAUCGAGGUUGUCUGAAGUGCUUGAUCUCGUUGGAACGUGAGCGCAGGACAGCGAUGAUGAUUCGCGAUCGCUGUACCGUAAUUGGGAGUUUUGGGUAUUUACGGGACGGUCGGGGCGUUAGACCCGAAGGUGUACCGACUUUGCUUUGGUGGUCUUUACUGGUGUCCGUCCCACUAUUCAUCACCCGGGUAAACAUCAGCCAGGCAAGCCUGUAGUUGGUGGAACUGUAAUCAUUCCUGACCUAGCCGGCCUCGAUGGUGUCGCGCGGAUUGUAGCUCGUCACAGGCGACGGCCAGUCGGGAGAACUCGACCCAUUCCCUCCUCCAAGGACGGAGACGGAAUACCUAGGAGGUCCAAGAGCCCCCAGGUGGGCUCGACAUAGUUGAUCAAGACACAUGGAAGUGGUUCUUGCACCUUCGCUGUCCGGUCUCCGUCGUUGGCGAAGAGAAGGGGUUGAACUGUCCAAAUCUGUUGCCGCGGAUCGUCACGCGUGAAGAGGUGCAGUUUGGGAUAUAAUCGAGGCCGGUUAGGUCAGGCAUGAUCGCAGCCCUACUAGGUACAAAGAAGUAAGUACUUUCUACUUCUUUACAACUCUACAAUUAAAGACGGUGGCGUCCAGGUUGGUUAUCCAGAGCAAAGGCAGGACGACCUGAGUCUUGACACUUCGUUCCUCUUAACUUGUUCCGUAGGGCAGUUCAGUGCGCCGUCGCUUUGACCGUCUACAAUGUGUAACCUAGCCUACUUUCAAUUUUAAAAGGCAGUACUUUUUCAAAACUGCCCUUAUCUAAGCGCCACAUCUAGACCGAAUCGGUCUCCGCCGCUUUUGCAAAAAGUCCUUCGGCGAACUGUGCCUGCAUUCUUGGUCAUAUGUACAACUGUAUACCCGAAUCUUGUAGAGAACCUGGAAACAUAGAUAACUAUGCAAUAUAAGUGGUUUAUAGAUAUUUCCUUAUAGUACAUUGUAUGUGCAGCUUCCUCUUUCUGUCUGUCUGCAAUGCAUAACUUCAUGUUCUGCGCGUACAUUUGUGUGUGUCUGUCGUGUUUCCUCGGUUGAUUGCGCUUCCUACAACCAGCCACGCGGGUGUUGCACUGGAGUAAUACGGGGACGGGAUCGCGGUCCGUCCCCCACGUUAAUAGGCUGUACGUUUAUAACAAAUGUCCGUACCUGGGGGGUGGUAUGGUGGCACUCCUAGGCGCAGACUCACGCUGCGCCAGUCAUCUGCACCCUCCUACCUCCGGUCAUCUUGACUUUGUCAUGACACCGGGGGUUCAGCGGGUAAGGGAGGGGAGCGUGCAGGAGAUGCUUCACAAGUCUUCUGUUACUGUAAACUAAUUUUCGCGCAUGUCGCCGUCCCCGUGCCGACCAUACCGUAGGGCACACGACGGUCGAACUGUCGCCCCGGCUGGUGUGUGCCUCUGAUUUUUAUGUAUGUCGAUUUGACCAGCCCGACGGUAUCAAUUGUGAGCGUUUAUCUUUCGUCAGGGACAUCUCCAUACUGUAACAGAUUACAAAAUAUUACCUACGUUUACUGGCUUAAUGGCUUUCAGGCUGGUUAAUUUCUCCCCCUUUUUUCUGAAUCACCUUGAGAAUUAACUCCCUUCACUGAUCGCCCUACGGGACAUGCUCGUCCCCUAUGUGUCGUCGCAUGGCAACCGCUGAAAGGGGGACCCUACGUGACCGGGGAGGCUGAGAUGGUCAUUUCUGUGUCUCAUUAGCCGUCAUCAGCUAACCAACCACACGGGAGGACAACAAGCAUGUCCCACAACCCGAUCAGCGAACACAAUUCCAGCCCGGGGUUGUUUCUUUGUUUACCUGGUCGGGACUGUCCCAGCUGCCGGCCACGAGGUCAUAUGACCUUAACAGGGAGGCCGGUCGCACACCUGCAGCCACACAUGCCCGCCUCCUUCCACCUUCCGGUCUUCACCGAACGCAGCGCGGACUGGCGGCCAAGGGGGUAUUGAUCGCCCCUCGUCGAGGGUUUCGCCUGGGCAGGGGGGGGGGAGGGAUACUUACCAGUGGCAGGCUGACUCCUCCUUCAUUAAUGCCCUAACCCUCGGAUUAGGCGGUAUUCACACUUUCGCCCACGUUCAUAUAAUUCCCUCACAGAAUUCUUGCCAAAAGUUUUCUAACCUCUGUUUUUAUCUAACCCGAAAAUGUGAGACUUUUCGGAACCUGCUCACUAGGGUCCAUGCAUGAAGUAGUCUAGUAUGGAAAUAAAACAUUCUUAGUUUAAAAUAACCAAGAUUUUGCACUUCACACUUUUCCCGAACUGAUGUUCCACCGAUGAACCAUGAACGUACGUAACUGAGCCCAACAAGUCUGUAUUUCUCUCAAUAUUACUGUCAAGGAAGCGUUGGGAAACUCCUGCGUCACGGACCGAUAUGCCGGAGUAGUAUUUUAAGUAGAAAAUCGCUAAAAUGAGACCUAGAUGGGGCAUACUUUUGGGUUGACCCAUACGCGAGGAGCACGCUGACUGUCAGUUGAUAGCACUUUCAGAUACCUCUAUUCACCAAUUUUCCGUCUUAGUGGUGUUUUCUGAGAGAUCUGCAAAGACCGCCUUUUUGUUAAUUCUUUUUUUUGGAAAAUCCCCUGCUUCGAAAAUGUUGCUGCUCAAAGGACUGGGUACUUCAGUUUAAAAUGGCAUGGAUUAUGAGACCUUUUAAGACGCCCACGUGCAUACCCAUGUAGUAUACUGUGUUAGAGAAAAUGGACUUCAUUUUAAGGCGGAUAUUCCAAAAUUUUCACCAAAAACGUCCGGCCUGCUCACCAUCUGUCGGGAGAAGCAAGGACGGGAUGUGAAAACUUGUUUCACACGCCGAUUUCCAUCUAGAUUUCACUGCCUGUUGCAUGCGCUUGUUCAGGGGUGCGGCUAUAUACAGUGAGUGACCGAUCUCAUGAAAUGUUGGCUGAAAUUCUGAAACGCGAUUUCGAUUAAGAAGGAUUACCUUAGGCGCGGUUGCAAAACUGAUUUUCUUGCGGCAUAAUCCUAUAAUACUUCGGACUCGGUAGGAUGUCGGCUUUUGAAUACACUGCUUUUGAGUAGAAACCUCACUCAAUAAAAAAUGAUGACUUGAGUAUCGUGCAUUUUUCUCAUUGGUUUUUGAUGGUCUUGCAAAUUCGAAUACAUCUCGUAGAAACCAUAAACAAAAAUAGGCAUUCUCUCAGUCGUUUGAUAUAAAAUAACGUCAUCCUUAUAUUUUAUAAAUGAAGAAGGAGUAUAAUUAGGUUUUAAAAAAGUUUCUAAUUGUGAGAUUUUUCAAGACCGCCAAUGUCCAUUUACAUAGCAUCGUACCUGUCUGUUUACCAUUGCUUCUCAUGAAAUGUAGAACAUGGUCCUCAUCCAUUGCAAAAUUUCAUGGACUCUGUAUAAUAUCUUUUUAAAGGCAUAGAGGAAUAUGUGAUUUUCUUUACGCGGAGCGUAUGCAUGCACCUUGUAGACGGAAAUCACUAAGCGCUAAUGCAACGGAUGAUCAGGCUCCAAAUUAUUCGGAAAUUAGAAAACUUAUUUGAAUCUUAUUAUACUUCUUAGGGUAUAAAAUAUGUAGAUGACGUAACUUUCUAUCAAGCGACUGAAGGGAGGCCUAUUUUUGUUUAUGGUUUCUGUAAGAUGUAUUUGAAUUUGCAAGACCAUCAAAAACCAAUGAGAAAAAUGCACGCUACUUAAGCAGUCAUUUUUUACUGAGUGCGGUUUCUACAGGAGGUCAGAAAGAAAAGCAUUUAAAAGUUGACAUCCUACCGAGGCCGAAACGUUAUAAGAUUAUGCUGCAAGAUAAUCAAUCUUACAACCCCGCCUAAGUAAUCCCUCCUAGUCGAACGCAUUUCAUAAUUUCAGUCAACAUUUCAUGAGAUCGGUCACUCACUGUACAUAUUCGACAGCCUGGAUAAGUACGGUUUCUACAGGAAAUUGAAAAGAAGUGCAUUUAAAAGCCGACAUCCUGCCGAGUCCGAAAUAUUAUAGGAUUAGGCUGCAAGAUAAUCAGUAUUACAACCGCGCCUAAGUAAUCCUUCCUAAUUGAAAACGCAUUUCAGGAUUUCAGUCAACAUUUCAUGAGAUCGGUCGCUCACUGUAGGUACAGUCCCUUAUGAAAUUUCUGUAGUAUGAGCAGAGACCCUAGAAACUUCAACGUCCGACACGUUAUUUUAUGUUAGCCGUCUGCCUCGACUCCGGAUACGGAUACAUGUCCUAGGGACGUCGUAACAUUAUUUCGCAAGAAUACACAUUGUACAGGCUUAAAGAUAAGUCCCGCCUGCCUCAGGCUGUUGAAUACUACUCAUAGAUAAGGCAGGUGGUCUUAGAAGUCCUCCACUAGGACAAUGGUAUCAUCCAAGUAUAUCAGGCAGGUUUUCGAAAUAAACUGUGCAAGAACUUGGCUCAUGGGCCACCGGAAUAUAUGCUGGAUGCACUGACCAAACCGAAGGGCGUGGUUUCAAACUCAUGUAACCCUGAAGGUACUGAGAAAGUUGUUUCCUCUCGACUGGACGGCCUGCCAAACCCAGUGGGAAGAAAACUCGGCUACCCGAAAGGGCGUUGAGGGGUUGCGUUAAUCCGAGGUAGGGAAAACGAAUCCCUUGUUGUUACGUCAUUCAGCUUGUGGCAGUCGACGCAUGGCCGCAAAAUUCUGACCUUCACGACUGGGGACGACCAGACCAAGGAGAAUUAGAUGGCCUCGUGAUUUUCCAACUGAACAUGUCCUCAAUCAUCGCGUUCAGCCAUGGUCUGGUAACGGUCCAGGUAGGAUCUUACUUGGCCCAGCUGUACUUGUAUCUAUUAUAUGCUGAGCGACAGUGGUUCUUCUGAGUGGAUCAGCCCGUCCAGUCAAAGGUGUCCUUAAACUCUCCUAUCAAAUCAUGUAAUUUGUCGAGCUGUUCUUGUCCAGGGUCAAUGGGAAUGGGUCUCACACACGUUCUCCUACUCUAACUGACUACCAGGUAAAUUAGCCCUAAAAGGCACUUUGGUACCGCCUGCGCAACUGUACAGUGCGUGACCAAUCUCAUGAAAUGUUGGCCGAAAUUCUGAAAUGCGUUUUUGACAAGGUGGCGUUGUAAUAUUAAUCAUCAUGUAGCAUAAUCCCAUAGUGCAUCGGGCUCGCCAAGAUGUCGGCUUUUGAAUGCUCUUCUUUUUAACCUCACACAGAAACCGUACUAAGUAAAAAAUGACUGCUUAAGUAGCAUGCAUUUUCCACAUUGCUCUUCAAUGGUUUUAUAAACUCAAACAUAUUGUGUGGAAAACAUGCACAAAAUAUGCUUUCUUUUACUUGUUUGGUAGGAAAUCACACUGUCUUCACAUUUUAUGCCCGAAGAAGGUGUAUACUUAGGUUUUGAAUAAGUCUCUCAAUUCUCAAAUAAUUUUGGGCCUGAUCAGCCUUUACAUUAGCGUUUAGCGAUUUCAGUCUACGAGCUGCAUGCGUUCCGCGUAAGGAAAGUUACAUAUUUUUCUAUGCAUUUACAAAGAGACCAUUUAGAUUUCAUAAAAUUUUGCAAUGGAUGAGAACUAUACUGUGCAAUUCAUGAGGAGCAGCGAUAAACGGACAGGUACAAUGCUGUGUGAAUAGACAUUGACCGAGCUUAAAAAUCUCAUAAGUAAAAACUUAUUUGAAACUUAAUUAUACUCCUUUUUUGAGUGUAAAAUAUAAAGAUAACAUGAUUAUCUAUCAACCGAGUGAAAGAAACCGUAUUUUGUCCAUGUUUUCUAUAAAAUAUAUUUGAAUUUAUAAGACCAUUGAAAAUCAAUGUGAAGAAUUCAUACCACUUAAGUAGUCAUUUUCUACCCAGUACGGUUUUUGUGGGAGGUCAAAAAGAAACGCAUUCAAAAGCCGACGUCCUGGUGAGUCCGAUGUACUAUGGGAUUAUACUAAAUGAUUAUUGGUAUUGCAACGCCACCUUGUUAAUCCUUCCUAGUCAAAAACGCAUUUCAGAAUUUCGGCCAACAUUUCAUGAGAUUGGUCACGCACUGUAUGAAGAAAGUCUGCACCCAGAAUGCUGCCCCAGGCUAUAUCACAACGUACAAAAAAUUUAUGAUUAAAAACGGCGUUGUUUAAUUCUAUGCAAAUUUUAUACCCGCAUGCCGUGAUGUGGCGCCAUAUGCCGUUUUCAGGCAAACUGUAAGCUUGUAAUAUUUUACUCUCGUCUGGAGCUGGUGAAACACUUUCUGAUUCAACUGGGCACGGCAACUUGGCAGUUGUGGGGGAGACGAUGGGGCAUGGAAUCUAUACUUGCAACAAGCAUGCCAGACAGAACAAUGCACUUGCCGCUUUGCUCUUCUUCACCCGUGGUGUUCACAUGAACACUGGACGAGUACAGGGGGGACAGGCCUGACGACCGCGUUGCUGCCUCCGGUCCCCACACCGAGGACAGAGAGAGGGGGACUGUGGAGGGCCCCACUGCUAUCUGACAGCUUGUGUGCCAACAUCGGAGGUUGGAAGUUGUCCCAUGGCGAAGACAUCGGCAAAUGAGUCGAUGGACGAAGGCCGAUGGAAGUGGAUGGUCACGUGAGAGAAAAGUGAUUCGUAGCUCCCGCAGAAACUGUUGCCGCCAAGAAGCGUCUGCCUGUAAGUUGGAGGGCAUGAGGUUUCAGCACAAGAGCAUGACGAAGAAUAACCUGGCCAGCAGUGCCUGGGACAGCUUUUAUUGGUGGGCCCCUUUACCGCUGUGUAGGGAUUGACCAAAAGUUAUGCCUUAGACUCUUUCACUACUGAAAUCCCAAGUAAGUAACAUCGCAUCCCCGAAAUUUGUCCAUGGCAUUUUUGUCAGUUGUGCAAGGUUUUCUGUCCACUGCAAGGACACUGGUUGGUUCGUUCCAUCCUAUGGCAUCUAAGAGCUAAACUGUUUUUGACCCCACCCUUAAAAACAAGGUUGCUAAGUUGCGUCUAUAAAGGGGGUUCGCUGACCACCCCCGGUGAACGGCCUCACACUUCCAAGGACAUAUCCAUGGGAUUCUUUUAAUAUUUCCUGUCACGAUCACCAUAUAAGUCCCUUACAGAUUUCUAACUGCCCUCAGGUAAGGUUGAAGUUAUCGAUGAAAUUUUUUGUCAGCGGGUGGAAGUUGGUGCAGUUAGCACUGCUAUAGUUCUUUUGUCUGUACCGGCACUCUCUCUCACUUCUUCAGCCUCGUGAUUCAAUGGUGGGAGGACAUCGUUAUCCAGUCAGUGGACAUCCGCAGUCCAACCGCCUGGUCUCCUCCUCAUCCUCGUCACGAUCUCUACAAAAGAACGACCUAGACAACCUUUUCUAG